AUGUCGCCGCAAAGCUCGACCUCGUCCCCUUUCGUCAUGGCUGGCGGUGAUCCCAGCAAGCGCAGCGUCGACGACGCCAGGCUCGAAUCAGACGCACAGCUGGCCGCCAAACGAAAGCGUCCUCAGUCCUGCGAUACCUGCCGCUCUCGCAAGAUCAAAUGUGUCCGUCUUCCGGUCGAUGGUCCGGACGCUGCAGCUGACAGCCGGUGCGUCCAGUGCCGUGCCAUCGACGCAAAGUGCACCUUCGACUACAUUCCCAAGCGACCCGGUCCACAGAGCUCGUUCGCAAAGACGGCGAGGCGUGAAGCAGAGGCACAGGCCAAAGCAUCGUCUCAUGCCCACUCCGCAGCAACGCCAUCGUCGCGCUCCCAAGCUUCGACAGCUGCUGUCGCCGCCAACACGCCUUCGUCUCGAUUCGGAGGCCCAUCGCCGCACUCCCAGCAGGACGCAUCCACCCACUCACCAGCGGACGACAGUUGGUAUCGUGAACUCGCAGCCCAAAACAUCCCCUCCAACAUAGAUGCCGGCCAACAGACGCGUUCGUCGUCCUUUGGUGGCGUCACCAACUUCGACGCCUACCUCAACAACUCGAUGCUCGCCAUGACUCCCGGUCAAUUCCCUGGCAUGCCCGGUGCCUCGCCCUUCGAUAUGUCGACCCCGAACCUCGCCAACCUAUCAGGCCCGUCGCCGUCCAUGAGCAUGUCCAACGCAUCUGCCGCUACCCCUGGAAGCUACGCUGGCUCGUCUUCGUGGCAUGGGCCGCCCCGUUCGGAUGCAGGCAGCUCUCGUUCUGGAGCACCGCUUGCUUCGCUUGCGCAGUCGCAUUCGCGAGGCCACACACACGCUCCACAGGCUCAGGUGCAGGCACCCUCGACUGUGGACCAAAUGCACGCCUUCGACGCCAUAGCCGGUCUCGUUGGUAGCGAGGGUCGGGCGACGCCGCAUCCGCUCCAGAUUCCAUCUUUCUCGCGAAUGCACUCGCCCAUGACCGCGUCGGCGCCUUCGACACAGGUCAGCGGUCACUUGGCAUCGCGUCUCCACCAGCAGCACCGCCACCACCCGCAGCAGCAGCCUCAGUCGUCCCAGCAGCACGGACAGCAACGGCAACAUGGAAGAUCUUACAGCCCUUCUGCAAACGCAGACACAAGGGUCGGCUCUGGCGCUGCAACCACCGGCUCCGGCCGCAAGGGCAAGGAUAGGGCAGGUCACUCGACCACGGCCUGCGAGCCUGUGCUUCGACCGCGAUCGCUGGAAGACAUCGCUCCGCGUCAGACCUUCUUGGCCAUCGUCUCGCUCUACUUCCACUACCUGUGGCCCCUCCUGCCUAUCGUAGAUCGACCCACGUUCAGCCACGAUCUGCUGAACCGCAGAGACGAGCGCGACGAGGCCUUCCUCGCCUUCGUGCUCAGUCUCACCUCGUACACCCUGAUCCAGUGCCCGAGGACGGUCAUCCCAGCGCCUUGGUCUGUCUACCGCAGGCUGCAUCGCAUCUGCCACCUUACCUCGCGCCAGAUGCAGCCUCGCAGGUAUGACCCUCCGCAGCUGCUGCACGUCAACACGCUCUACUGCGACCACAUCUACCUCGGCACCGUAGGCAAAGUCAACGCCGCCAAUGCUGUGCUGGCAGAAGCCGUGCAGGUCGCUUUCACGCUCGGCCUGCACGACGAGCGCAAGAACGACGGCGGGCGAUCCGCCGCGCCCUAUGGCCUUGAUGCUUCCUCGUUCGCGCACUACCGGGCGCCAACGGCGAACGCGGUCAACAAUGAGCUGCGCAAACGCAUGUUCUGGGUGCUGCACGGCAGCUCGACGACGAUCGCCAUGCUGCAGGAUGGGCCGGCGCUGAUUCACGCCAUCGAUGCGUGUGUGGAUCUGCCGCUCGCGGUGACCGAGGAGGCGUUGGCGGACCCAGGCCAUCCGCAGCGCUUCUCGAGCGUUCUCUCCGGUUUUCUGACCGUGACGCGGCUGCACCAGGUGAUGCUCGAGCUGCUCGAGUCGUAUCGUCGCGACCGAAGGUUCCCCGUUGACGAUCUCGGCGUGGCAAGGUCGAGGAUCCGCUAUCUGGCGGACGUGCUGCGCCGACUCCAGAGGGCGAUCGACGAGAUGCCCGAAGAGCUGAGGAAGCCGGUGUAUACGCAUUCGCCGCCCGAACCAGUGCGUCGGCCAGGCAGUGCUUUGCCGACGCUCGACAGUGUUGCUACGCCCGGCCAAGCGCCGCUGUUGCAGGCGAUCGGAUUCGAUCCGGCCACUCAGACCGCCUUGGGCGAUCACCUCAGUGGCUCGUCAUCGUGGCCCUGGCCAGCCGAGACGUUCAGCCGCGAUGGGCUGCCCAACCCUGCCGACGCGCGCAGCUCGAGCACGCCGCGUUCGUCCGGCAUGCCGUCCACCCAGCGCGAGAAUGACCCCAACAGCGGCGGCCUGACGAUGAUGGACCUGGUCAACGUCUUCCGUCCCUCCCCGCCGCCCGAAUCGACCCCGAUCCUGUCGCCCAUGUGCACGAUGCACGCCAACAUCGUGACCACCGAAUCGCUCAUUCGCUUCCUUGUCACGGAGUACCGCGAGCUCAUCUCGAUGCGCAUCAACGAGCUCAAGUUGCAUCACCCGUCGGCGCUCACCAGUGCGCCAGAAGACAUCCAGGGCGAGCUGUGGCAGGAUGCGGCGGCCAACAUGUUGAGAGUCUUCAACAGUUUACCGCUGGACGCGCUGGCGAGUAAUGGGCUGAGUUUGAUCCACAAGAUCGUGUACGUGGUGACGGCGAUGCUGGCGAGGACGGGACGAGGCGGGUUGACGGCCGGAUACGGGUACAUGAGUAGCCUGUUGGCUACGCUGACGCGGUUGAGCCAGACGAGGGGCGAGGAGGCGGGCGAGGAGGGUGACGACGAGAGUGUUGGAGGAGUCGAAGGGGCGGAUGGUGGCGACGAUGGACCGGACGCAGGCGCUGGCGGCACCGGGGACAGGCGCAACGAGGGCAACACUGGCGGCGAUAACAACGGCAACGGUCACGGCGACGACAGUCGAGGCGGACCCAACCGAGACGACUCUCACCGCGGGAACCUCGACCGCAGCCGCUCUGACACCAACCAUCCUCCCGCCACCGAACGACGCUUUCACACUACCUUGCCGCUCACGCUGCCAGAUACCGCGGUCCACCUGCCCGCCGCCUACAACAGCCACACGCCCAGCUCGUCAACCGCGCACACCGACAGCACCGCCUCGUCGACCGUCAACACCGCCACCACCACGCCGACGAGCGAGCAUCCCGGCGCAGGCUUCUACGAUAAGCUCCUCACGCGCACCAAUCCCGUCGUCACGGCUAGUCAGACGCAGGACAAGGUGCAUGUGCGAUGUUCGACCGAGCCGACGCUCCCGCCUGGACAGGGAAGGGGCUCGACGACGGUCACGCAGCUUGCUUAG